CACGCUGGAUGCCUUGCGCUGUGAAGUGUUGUCAGCCCCUCCCGAUACGCACCCACGAUAUUUCCUUUGCUGGAGCGAAUUUCAGCCGAGUUUCGACGUAGAUUAUCCCCGAUUCGAGUUUUUCCGCGUGUGUUGUGAUGUGCAUUGUAGUAUUCAUAGUUUUCCGGCCUGUUGGAUUAUCCCAUCGUUAGUUAUUUGUUCCAUAGCCAACGGUGUUUGUGAUAAGUUUACCUCAUUUAAGUGGAAUAAGAACCUAACCAAGUCACCUCCAAUGUUGAAGUGGACCGUUUGUCAAAAGCAGCAGAAUUUGACGUCAUCUAAUUUUGGUUCCUCCGCGAUCCAAUCAGUGAGCUCUGGUCCCUGUUACCCAAUAUGUCGCACCAAUGUCAAAAUUCACGGCACUUUAAAAUCACGGGCUCGCCGUGUUUCCAUCCGCCAGCUAAACAAAGAAAACAGGCAGUGCCACAAAUCUAUCGAGCAGAAAGUGAUUUGCACCGAGGCUUCGAUGGGAGCGGAGUCCCCGCGCUUACGUAAUAGCAUGAACAUGAGGCUGGAGGGUCUGCCGGUUGCCCUGCGCGACGUGAGCAACCACUUCUCGCCGCGCCUCGACCAUGCCAGUUUGUCCGAUUCCAUCGACCGCGUCCAGAAAAGACGAAGCUGCAGCAAACGGCAGAAGAAGAGCCCUUGCUCUGUCUCCUCACACAAGCGACUCCAGAGGAGGGAGUCUGAGCCUCCGUAUUUCAUACACGAGGACGAGGACGAGAAUGGGACAAAAGACCGCGGGAAGAAUGAGACGAAGUCUGUGUCAGUGAUGAGCCCAAACAACUCUCCGAAAAAGAAACAGCCAUGCUUGGAUGUGCACCAUUGCAUCAAGUUAGAGGCAUCCCCGACCACGGCCGCAUGCAGCACCUCCGCGGUGGGCCAGCCGCAAACCGCCAAGGAGCGCAUCGUCGGAUCAAAGUCGCCCGAUUUAAACUCCGCCCUGGUAACACCCCCGCCCACAAUAUGCCCUCCAGACCGCCUGCGGAGUCCAUCCCCGAUUCUGCCGGCCUCCACGCCGACGCACUACGACAAUCCCGUCCACUUCGCCCUGGAACACUCCCCGCCUGCCGAGCCGGACCUCCUUCUCCACAAAGAGUUACCAAUCGCCCGCACCUAUAGCCGAUCAAAAAUCCCGCGCCAUCUCUUUCAAGACCUGCAGGAAGUUCAAUUGGAGGCUCAGUCAGCCGCUAAAGAUAUCCUCAAUACCUCGAGUGACCUCCUCGAGAGGAAAUUUCGAAAGCGCCAGAAAAACGUGAAAAACAAGGGAAUGCCUUGCGACGUCUCCCCGUUGGCUAGAAAGCUCGCCUGGCUUCGGCUUAAUACACAGCUGACCAAGAACCGCGUGCCGGCGCAGGAGCCGGCAUUCGAACCACCGACCGCCAUCGACUCGAUGGAGCCUGAGGAGGACUCCACCGCCGUGACAGCGCGUCAUUUACCCGACGUCAUCCUUCGAAACCGCCAGUGCCUCAACCCAUUCAGUAGCAACUUAUGUGAUGUAGGCGAACAGUUAGAUAAUCUAGAAGAUAUUAACAACCCCAACUUGACUAACAAUAAUCGGGUUUCCAAGCGACGUGGGGCCUGCUUCAACGACUUGAGCUUCCUGCUGAACGCACCGCUAUUCGGGAAUGAGGACAUUCCUCCGACUCUGAAACGACAGCGUGUCAUAAUCCGCAGGCGGCCAAGAAAUUCCAACUCCGGAUGUAAGGAGGAAAUGGAGAGUUUGUCAAAGAUUCCCCGGAGAAGAGGUCUUAGUUCCUCUGUCUUGACCCUUCCGAACGGUAUUCCUAGCCCGUUCACACAGUUCAACGUCAGUCUGACGGCAGGGGGCAACGGUAGUACACUCGGAUUCAAUUGCACACCAGCCAAGAGACCCGAUUUUAUCCUCCUAGAUGACCUCGUUCCGAUCCCCGGUGAUGUUGGUGUCAAUGACAACAACAAAAAGCGCAGUAAUAAUAAUGACGUCACUGAAAUUGAGUCCAUUGAAGGGAUAGAACCGUUGAGUAAUACGCAAACUGCAACGCUUUCUCUACCCUGCUCAUCGAUCACCCCCAUCACAGUGGCCACCGAAGAGUCGAUUAUGGAUGAGACCAUUGCGCUGACCAGGAAGAUGAAUCAGUGGAAGAGGAAGCUCAACAAGAAGAAGUUAAACUUUGAGGAUACGGAUCGGGAUCUUGAUGUCUCCUCAGGGUCGUCCUGCUCGGAGAGUACCUGGGAUUCUCAUGCGAUGCGGCUUAAGACCCCUCGCUUGGCUGCGCACUUUUCCCCGAAUUCUUCUUUCGAGCAAGGUUCGUCAAUAGCCUCCUUAAAAACCGACGAAACGGAUAUCAAAAUGUCCAGUGAUGCCGAACUAGAAUUAUCUCUUAGCGUUCAGAGUAACAUCGUCUUCGCUUACAUUAAAAGAGGGAAAAAUCUAACGAAAGCUAUUGGCUGUACUCCUCUGAAUGCAUAUGUAAAGGUCAAUUUGGUGCCUGCAGCCUCUGAGAAAACCUAUUAUAGAACAUGUGUGCGGAAAAACUCUAUGAAUCCUAGAUUCGAUCAAAAAUUUAGUAUGGAAAUAACUGAAGCGGAUCAUAGCAAAAGAAUCCUAUUCUCUGUUUGGCAUCGAGAUCGGGCAAAAGGAAGGAGUGAAUUUUUAGGAUGUGUGUCAUUUGCCCUAAAGAAUGCUGCAGAAAAGGAAAUCAGCGGAAACUUCCGACUUCUAGGUCCAGGUGCAAAUAAAAUUCAGCAUGUAUUAUCCACGCCAACCUCUCAAAACUCAGUUGCAGGCAUGAUGGCGGAUCAAUUGGACAGUAGUGGAGAGGAGACUCUUAGUGCCGAGGAAAAUCCAACUCCGAUUCAUGAUCCCGAGGACAGUCUAUUCUUGCGACACCUGGAGUUGGAUCCACCAGGAUCAAAAUUGGAGAGCCGGAGAGGAGGCCGAACGCCCUUUACAACGACCCGGAAGCUGACGAAAGCCCCCGGACAGAGCUUCGGAUUUUCUAUAGCGUGGACUCAUCCCCCCAGAGUCGAAAGAGUGGAACUAGGAAUGCCUGCCGAUAGAGCAGGGCUUCGACCGGGUGACUCAGUUGUCUUCAUCAAUAAAGUGAACGUUGUCACGCUUCCUGAAGAGGAGGUGUUGUCUCUUAUCAAAGCUUGCGGCAAUCAACUCAGCAUUGAGGUCUACAGGAGGAUAGUACCCAGUGGCAUGAUCAAUCGGGGCUCGACGCCGGGACCCCCGGUUCCAGUGCCAGAAAAAACCAGUAUUCUGCCACCUCGUUCUGUAUCUAGUCCAGGAGCUGUUGGUCUGCCAUUCGAUGGUGAUCGUCAGUCCAAAUCUAGACUACAACAUCCACAAAUUACCUUCACGACUGAGGGAAGAGAAUCUGCAGCUAACUUGCUGCUGAAUAUUGAGCAAGAGUAUGCUUUGUGCCUUCAAUUUGGUAUAAGUAGGUUUCUCCUUCCACUUGCCGAAAGGAGAGACUUAGUGAAUCAGCAGCAACAUCAAAUCUUGUUUCAGAACUCUCAAGAGUUGUUAAGGCUGACAGAGGAUGUGAUAGAACAUUUGGUUCAAGAAAAAGAAGACGCCUUUGGUAAAAAUGUUGGUCUAGUUUAUCUUAAUAAAAUCAAUUCAUUAUGUAGUGCUUACCGAAAAUAUUGUAUAGGAAUUAAAAAAGCAGACUGUUUAUUGGUUGAAAAAACAAGGAAUAGAGAAUUUAUGAAACUUUUAGCCGAGCCACCAAUUCCAAGAAAGCGUCCGGAUUUAACCACAUUUUUGCACAAACCGUUAGAGCAUUUUAGAGAGGUUAUUAAACAACUAAAAAUGAUUCAAAAGUAUACCGAUCUGAAAGAUCCAGAUCACCAAUCGAUAUCAAAGGUUGUUCAGCAGUUCCAGAUUUCUUAUCGAGAAAUGACCUUGAAAUCUGGUCUCAUGGAGCCGGAGGGUGAUGGCCGUCCGUUAUUAUCGCUCCAAGAUUUGGAGAGCAGACUGGUUUUCACGCGAUGUAAGCCAUUUGUAGUUAGUACACCUGGACGAGAAUGGAUCUUUGGAGGGGAUUUAAGCAGGGUCGAAGGAAAGACGGUCCGAACUUCUUGGGCCAUUCUGUUCUCCGAUUUGUUAGUCUUCGCGAAAGUAAGCCGUGAUAGAGUUCUGUUCAUUACCGAGGAGCCUUUGCAACUAAAAACUGUUAAACAAGCCCUGUUCAACAUCAGGAAAAAAGCGACAGAAUUCCGGUUGCUGAUCAAUAUGAACAAAAACCUCAAUAGCGAUGGCAGUGAUAGUCCUGAGUCACAGGUGACAGGGUGCGGGCUUCCAGAUUUCACUCACACACCUCAAAAAAAUGAUAAAACGCGGUCCGUCAUUUUAAGAGCUCCAACGCUUGAGCUGAAAGCCGUCUGGCAGAAUUUGAUUCAACGCCAAAUAAUUUAUCUGAACACAACAGCUCGAGGAGGAACUCCGGCAGGAAGCCCGGUAGACAGCCCCAAUUCCCCGUCCGAACAGGGGAAAAUGAUGGAGGAUCUGAUCGAGAACCGGUGUCGACAACUUUGUCGACGUAAAUCUAGCGUGCGAAAAGGAAGCGCUCUGCACUUGUCCGACUGGCUAAAGGGUCGUUUGGGGGCCGGGGGGAACAUGAACGAUGAGCCGCCCUCACCCGAGGAGGAGAUGGAGAUCUGGUCCAGGGAGACCCUCCAUGCUCGCAUGAAGAAGCUACGCGCACCUAAUCUCACCGAAAUUCUGCCCAGAAACGAGAGUCGCAUGGAGGAUCUCGAGUUUUCCGAAUAUUCCAGAAGCGCAUCUCGAUGCACCAUAAAUAGCCAGGUUAUACCCGAAAGUAAAUCUCCGGAUGGAUCCGUGACCGUUUGUCGGAAGUGUCACAAUACGUGCCUUGUUUCGCCUUGCAGUACGACUGAAGUUUUCCUGCAUACGGAAUCUGCCUCAAGGGAUUUCAACGCAAAUCCCAUCUUUGAUGAACCUAGUAAUAAUUACGAAUUGCUGAGCCCUUCGGAUCCAUUCAAUCCUUUGCCUGGAAUUUCUGUCCAUCCACCGAGCCCGCCCAAAAAAUCUCAGAUGCUCCUGGUCAACUAGAGUCCAUGUCCACGUACCUGGGAGGCUGGACCGCGAAAGCGGGAUCAUACGUUGCUGAAAAAAUGUCCUUCUUCGAGAAACUCGGGCAAGACUCAUUUCUUGAUAAAUAUUUAAACCGAGCCACACAAGAGCUCCCGGCCACCUCGACUUGCUUGGCGUUCGACGACGAGAUGGACACCGCCUCUGGAGCAUCUGGCGAGGAGCUUUGGGGCACACCUACCAGUGGACCCGAUUCCGAGAUCACCUCCCCCCCUCCGGAGUCUCCAUCGAGUGGGAAAGACGAAUAUGCGGAUGCGGAUAGGACGAUGCCAGCCUCCGGUAGCCCAGGAUUGAGCACCGUCCGAAGCGAAACACUCAGCAGAUUUUUUGCGACGAGGAUGAGACUAGAGCCUUUGCCAGAAGAUGAAGAAGUUAUCUCCACUUCCACCAACAGUUCUUCACCUGAUACCAGUGCUUGCACGCAAAGUUGUCCCGCGCCGCAGAGCAACCAUGACUCUCGCCUCGGUGCUUUCACCAGUAGCUACGGGUUUUUUCAUCGACUGAAAUUGCGACGAACUCAAUCAGCCGAUUCCCACUCCACCAAGCAGAAUAAAUUGAUGUUAUUCCUGAAGAGUCGAAGAAGUGAGGAUGGGCGUGGCAGACUUUCAAAACUUUUCGGUCAAGAAAGUUCUUCUGAUAAUAUUCUAACAACUAUGCCCCAGUCUUUAAAUGUUAAAAAUAGUGAUCGCCGGUUUUGGAAGCAGUUCAGAAGAAAAAAACAAACAAAUAGUUAACACGUGUAAAACGUCAUUGUUGACUCUCAUUUUGAUUCUUAUGUGCGACUUUCCUUAAAAAUUAUCCCGGAUAAAUGUAACUUGAACCCAUGCAUUUCAGACCUAUUAUAUCACUCAGAUCAAUUUUUUGGAGAGGAGCGACCCUAGUAGCCAAAAUGUGCGUAAUAUUACGUAUAGUCAAAUCUCAAAAACCUAUUAAGUAGGGUCAUAAAUGGCUGUAAAUAGAUACAUAUAUAAUUUUUCUUUAAAAUAUCGCAUAAAGUGUCCUUCUUUUGGGUAUUAAAUACUAUAUAAAAGAUAUCUAGAAUGGGUUACAUGAAAAAGCCUUGGCAAGCAAGUCGGGACAAAAAGUAAGUAGAAGGCCGAGCAAUAAUGAUCAAGCAGCUUUCCCUUGUAACGCAAAGACGUAAAAUAUACGGGGGAAAAAUCGUGAAAAAGACGUAAGAUAGACCAAAAAUGAAAUGCCAUCGUAGCACUUUUCACAAGAAUAGUUCGUAAAGAAUGUGAGUUUCUUUACGUAAAAAGAUCGAGUUUCUAUACGUUAUAAGUAAAAAAAACUCUUGCCUCCUAAAAUUGAUUGUAUUGAUAAGUCGUAAAGAAAAGAAUAGACUGUACGCAAAUUUA